UGACCGUCCACAUUCUCAUGUCUCCACCUUCGACUGCCUGAGGAUAUUUCUUCACUGUACCCGCCACAGGAGUACACCUCCGACUUUUAAAAAAGAAGGAACAGCUCUCCCCUUCGUCGUGCUCAUUCAUUCAGAUUUGUCCUGAAAGUAUUUUGACAGGAAUGGAGAUGAUGGCCUAUGUGACUGAGAUCCGGCUCGGCGGAGGUCGGGGAGCCUGGAGCGGAGUGGCUCCCUCCUCCUGCCCCGAGGUGGACCUGGAGGUCAUCGAGGAGUACCUGCAGGAGCACUCACUGGAGGUCCAACCUGCGCACACACCUGCAUCACCUCAGGGUAUCAUGGGGCAACAAGCACACACACUCUUCCACCAGGGCAGCAGGAUCAUAGAGAACAGCUGGUCGGGUCAGCAUGCAUACGAGUGGCACUGUGGCUCUCACACGCCAAACAAGGAAUAUGAGGAGCAAGCCCCGACUCUAGCCUGGUCAAGUCCCCAUGACAACCAAUGGGGCCACGUUGCGUAUUCCUAUGAGGCAGCUGCAUACAUUGACUCAGACUCCCAGUCAAGUUGCUCUCAGUACCAGGAAUACCAAGAUUCACCAUCACCAUCGUCAGACAGGGGCGGAAGGAAGGACAGAGACUCUCUGUCUCUUGUCCCAUUGUCAGCAGGAAAGAGGAAGGAGCGCUUGUUCCAGUUCCUGUUUGAGAUGCUCCAGACGCCGUCCAUGCGGAGUUGCAUCUGGUGGGUCCAGUCCUCUUCCGGCACCUUUCAGUUCUCCUCCCAGAACAAGGAGCGCCUGGCGCAGCUGUGGGGGCGACGCAAGGGGAAUCGCAAGACCAUGACCUACCAGAAGAUGGCACGGGCGCUGAGGAACUACUCCCGCACCGGCGAGAUUCAGAAGGUGAAGAGGAAGCUCACGUAUCAGUUUGACGAGAAGACACUGAGAUGCCUGCAAGGCGACUCUAAUUAGAGCUUAGGACGCAUGAAAGGGAAUAAGCACAGUGGAUAUGCAGAGAAGAUCACUGUGGAUGUUCCUCAAAUUUUCUGUUCUGCUGAUUUAUAACAAAAAUGAAUACUGAGUAUUUAUAACGCCUGUCAGUCUGAGAUUUCUAUAGAUACAGAACCAUAUUGGAGUUGGGACGUAUGAGGACUGGAAAUGAUGAUACUGACACGAGGAUGCAAAUGUGUGUAAAUCUAAAAGGUUGUUACGUCAUAUCUACUUUAUAAGUAGAACCUAAAUAAAAUAAAAGGUGUGGUUUUCAGUUUU